ACUCACCUGAAGUCAGUGUAGGUGUGUUGCUCGUCCAAACAGCCGCUGCCCAUAGAAGAGAAGAGCAGAUGGAGGGCGCUGGGCUCUCUCCAAUGGUGGUGGUAAUGGUGGUGGUGAUGGUGGUAACGGUGAAGAGUCAGGGGGAGUAUGGUAUCAACCAGGAGAGCCUCUCGAAGACGAUUAAUGGCUGCUCUUCGCCCCUGACGAAACACUUCUGGUCACCUGGCAAACUUACCGAGAGGAGCAACAGCGUCACUGUCACGUCAGGAGUACUCACGGGUCCGGAGGGAUCGCAAGCUCAUAUAGCAUGCAACGACAACGAGUAUCUGUGGGAUUACAACAAAGACACGAAGGAAUUGAUCAAGGUGUCCUCAGUGUGGCUGAAGUGCGAACUGGGCAGCUGGGUACCUUAUCACCUCUCCAGAAACUUGAGCAGGACAAAGUACGGCUUGAGGUUCCCCGGAUGCUCCUCAGGCUGCCCCGUAACUUUCAGCGUGGACCAUGCCAGUAUGGAGGUGAGGGUGGAGAGCCAACAAGUGGACAUUUUGCCGGAAGAGCUGUGGGAGGAACAGGACGUGGAGCUCGAGUGUCUGGUGGAGGGACAUGUUGUGAUUCCUCCUGGCAAGACAUCCAUCCUCUCUUUCAUCUGCACCCGCGAUCCUACCACUGCCAUAUUGCAUUUGGCUUACCACGAGGACACGAAACACGUGGGUGUAGCCGAGAAAGACCGCUUUAUUUGCAGUCCUUUCAGUGUCUCCACCAUCCCCGCCACCACUACAGCCACCACCUUCACUACCAAAGUUGUCAGUACUCAGAUCUCCACCGCUACAUCAAUACCUACCACUACCGACACCACGACCACUACAGAUGUUCCUACUUCACCUUCCACUACUUCUGAUGCUACUACUACUACUAGUACUGAUACUACUACUACUACUACUACUACUACUACUACUACUAUUGAUACUACUACUGAUACUGCUGAUACUACUACUACUGAUACUACUACUACCACUGCUGCUGCUCAAGACUUUGCUUCUACGACGAUCACUACCACUUCACCUACUACUACUGACUCUGCUGCUACUACUGCCACUACUGCUACUACUACUAUAACUACAUCUGAUACUACUAUUACAUCUACUUCUGAUCCUUCCACUUCUAAGGAAACAACAACUCCUACUACCACUGAAACUGUAAUUCCUAUCACUACAACUGGAUCUAUUUCUUUAAGUCUUCCUCCUCCUCCUCCUACUACUACUACUACUAUUCCUACUCCUACUGACACUACUACUUCUACUGUUAUUCCCACGACGAGUAUCACAACCACUAUGUC